AUGGUUGAAUUUAAAUGCUUUGGGACAGUCUUGAAGAGAUGCAAGCUGCAAGGCGUGCUUGGCUUAGUAGUGGGUUCACCCAGUCAGCUGGAAAUAAGGAAUACACGUGCCCUGGAAAUACUUCGUGGAAUGAUGAAGCAGUCAGAGAACAAAGACCUUUUUACUUUUAUGCGAAUUGAAUGGGAAUUCUUAAAGGCCAGAGAGAGGUAUCUGAAGACUGGAAAAUUAAAGAAGCCCUUGAUAAGGCGUGCAUUGUACAUUGCAGAGAGUGAAUGCAAAAAUAACGAAGAUUUCAUAAAAUUCAUUAAUCUAAGGACACAAGCAUAUAUCUCCUAUGCAAGUGUAAAAACAGACAGAGACUUAAUUAAAGAAAUGAAUUCAAUUGUAAAUUGUGUCUCAAUUAAGUCAGUUAGAAAUAUACUACUAACACACACAGAGCCAACAGCAGAAUACACACAUGUAUUCCAAGGGAUACCUUUAAUCUUCCAUGAAGAGACCCUUAAAAAUGAGUUUAUCUCAAAGAACUAUAAAAAUGUCAUAAGAAAACUAAGAAGUAAGACAGACUUUGACUCUCUGAUCAUCCUGGCAGUCUCAAAAGUAGAAGAAUUUAAAAAAGGCCUUCAUUCCUUAGAGGAAAGAAACGAUAAAAUCUCCAAAAAAACACUUCCCAGGUACAUGUCCCAAUGGAACCAAAUAUACACACAAGCAGUAGACUUAUUUGCAGCUAAUUAUUUGGAUGAAGAGUACUUGCAUACGGUUAACCAAGAGAUAUCAUAUAUACCACAAGACAGUUCCCUUCUAUUCCACCCUGUCUCAUACGACGUGGCAUCACUUUAUAUUAAUAUGCCCCAAGAAGAACCCAUUGCAACAGCAGGUAUCUCUGGUAUGCUCAGUAGAAUGAGUCUUUUUAGGCGAAAAUGA